AUGGAGCUGGGUUCACGCGAGUCGGUCACACUCCACACGCAUUUCGCACACGCUCGGUCGGCAGAUUCACCCCCUGACUGGCCGCCCACUCAUCUGCCGGUUAACGUCGUAUUUUCUGGCGGUUCACCGCCCUCCACAGGCACGUGUGCCGGCAAUCCGUCUUCUGGACAACCUCGGCCGGCCAACCCCGCCGCGAGGGGAUUCCAUUCGGCUUUUUGGCUGUUCCCCGCGCCCCGACAUGGGCUAUCUCAUGUCUCCAGUCGACCGGCUCCGGGUCUCGCAGAGGCCCGCAACUGCCCACUCGGUGUAGGCAACCAACGCUCAGCCCCGCCAGCCUCCCCGCGUCGGCUGCCCAGCUGCCCGGCUCCUGCCUGGCCCGGACGCCUCCACGCCGCGUGA